GAUUUCCUGCCUUCCUUAUCCAUACUAAGUUGCUCUCGCGAUGACACCUGCGUGAAAAAAAAAACCCCGACACGUGAUUAAAAAAAGGAUCUGCUACGAGUGUGCUAAAUCUUGGAUUACACAUCGAAAACCCAGUGUUUCCUAGUUCUUGUUCAAGCCGUCGGAUAAUAGUGAUUACACCAUUCAAGACCAUGCUGAUUGUCUUACGUUCAUCAAGUACCUGUGAUUUGUAGAUAAUUAUCAACUAUUACUAGGACCUUGGUUGUAAUAAGCCAUGUUGACAAACAAGGAUUCAAAUACCCUAUCAGUGGAAACAAAUAUUGCAAGCAGCUGACCCUGAUCAAAUAGAGUUAGUGGCAGUGUUGAAUUUUCGGUAUUUUGGGUUCAAGCUCUAGGGACCGACGCGUGUGAAGUGGACUCUAGUGAUCAGUUCAGUGGUUUCAUAGACGGAUCCUAAAGUGUAUCACUGUGGAAUAAAUCUGGAUAACGGACAUCCGCUUCAAGUGUUCUCCAAGAAGUUGUUAAGUGUAGUUUAUUUGUGCCAGAAAGCCCAUGUUGCCAUCCUACCGCUAGCCUAAGCGGACACUAGCUCCAAAAUUCGGGCCCCGUGGCGCGUAGAGGACUUUGGAGGCGAGGGGUGCGACUUGGUCGCGUCUAAAGUGGAGCGUCCGGGCAGCACGACGACGCUCAACUUCACGGAUCUGGGGAGCCCAUUCGGGGCGGGCGACCCCUGUCCGUCGAGUACCCCGACCCCGAAUAGUAUGUCGGGUGGCGGUCCGUCGGGCGGCGGAGGUGGCGGCUCUGGCGGCGGCGGUGGUGGAGGAGGCGGCGGAUCCGACAUGGAGCAGCACCUUCAUCACAGUGGCCUGGGUUCGGUAACACCUGGUCCACCCGGCGGCAACGGAGGUGACAGUGCCUCCAGUACCCCAGUUUCCCAAAGCGGCAAGUCCGCCUUCAUUGAACUUCAGCACAAUAACCUCUACAAUCCCGCCAGCCUCCGUGGCGGAUAUCCCGGCAGCCACAAUGUCCCCAGCGCGCAUCAGUUCUCUCACCAAGUCUCUCUCGGACAUCAGGGUUCGGGACCCGGCAGCGGCAAUCAGCAACAUGCUGAUGCCGGAUUCCCUAGUCCCAGGUCGGCCCUAGCCGGAUAUCCGUUCGCGCCCAUGCAUCAGCACAACUAUGGAUAUCACCUGGGAUCGUACGCACCCCAAUGCCCCUCGCCGCCCAAGGACGGUGAGUACCCCAACUACCUCUCGCCAUUGGGUGACAAAGGCGGUAGCCUCGUGGACGAACUAGGCGGCGGAGGUGGAGGAUCCCUCAGGAAUGGCAAGGGAAAAAAGAUGAGGAAGCCUAGGACCAUCUACAGCAGUCUUCAGCUUCAGCAGCUAAAUAGGCGGUUCCAAAGAACGCAGUAUUUGGCAUUACCUGAACGAGCAGAACUCGCGGCCAGUUUGGGGCUUACGCAAACACAGGUGAAAAUCUGGUUUCAAAACAGAAGGAGUAAAUACAAAAAGAUGAUGAAAGCGGCGCAGCAGGGAGGCGGCGGCGGAGGCGGCCAACAUGGAAAUCUACUGGCCGGUGGCACUGCUCUACCCGGGGGACCUUCUCCUCAACCUGGACAACCAGGAGGCCUCAUGCAAGGAGGAGGCGGUAGUUCUGUAUCAGGAAGCCCGACAACGGGGUACCUCGGUGGCAUGGGUGGCGGGGGCGGGGGUCACACCCCCGGAAGUUCGAGUCCCGGAAGCGAGAUGUCGCCUCAGCACAACGAGAGUCCUCCUGCGCCCUCCUGGCCGGGAGAGAUGAAGCACCAUCCACACCCCCAUGCACCGCCUCACACCCACCACCAUCCCCAUACGCCCGGGCACCAUCCGCCGCCCCCACCGCCACCUCCUCAUCACGCGGGCUACAUGCCUCAGUAUUCUUGGUACCAGGCGGAUCCUAAUCCAGGAUUACUCACAGUGUGGCCCGCAGUUUAACGAAAACGGCUAACUUACUGAACGUUCAGGAAUUGAACUGAAUUGUUCAAAAAGACGCUUUUCGUAUUCCAAAGGACACACAGUGCCCAAAGUGUACACAUAGCCUCGAGAGAUCGAGUAAAAUGUUAAUAUUGUCUUAUUGUCUGCGAACAUCGUAACGUCGCCUUAACUGGCCAACCGUCAGAGUGAAGUGUGAUCUUGUGAUUUGAAAGAUAGGUGAAAAAUAAUUGAAAUCUCGACUUUAGUUCGGUUAGAAGAACGUCACCCAAAAUGAGUGCGCGCAUAUUUCAACCGACGUUACUGGAAGCUUUUUUCGAUGGAAAUGCUUUCGAAGGACCGAAGAGUCAUGGACGAUUAUUCUAAAUCGAGUGACCAGUGCCUAGAGGCAUCCGUCGAGUGAUAAUGUACAAAAAUUGAGAUAAAGAUCUCAAAUGAAUGCGUCCUCUUCUGAUCGUGAAUGCAAAUUGUUGCAAAAUCGACAAAUACCAGGCAAGUUUUAACCGAAUGUUUUUGAAAACCUGUUCGAAAUGAUGUAUCGAAUCACGUAUUUAAUCUUCUACAAAAUUAAAAUUUCUAGUCUCGAUAACUUGGUCGAAAAUUUUGAUUGACUUGCGAUAUUUAUAGCGGGUAAUCUUUGAAAUCUUGUAUUUAAUUUCAGCUAAGAAUUUUUUUUAUGUCUUGACGGGUUCUCGAGUUAUAAAUAAAAAUGUCCAAGCGCGUCUGCGUCGGGUUUUAGUCGGACGCUUAGGUACUUUCAGUUAUAACUCAAGAACCCCUAAAGAUUUUUUCAGUUUUCUAAUUUUAGAUUGAAGAUAAAAUCUUGAUUGUUAUCUCCUGUAAAUUUCAAAAGUCUAGCUUCAUUUCGAAAGGAGUUAUCGUCUUUUAAAGUCUUCAGCGAUUUUCCGAUUUUUUAAAACUAGUUUCUCGAAGUAAUGAAAAAUUUAUGAGGUGAAUUGAUGUAAUUGAUUUGCGUCUACAGUUCAGACGAGUUUUAUUCAAAGUUUGAUCGACCAAAUUGGUCACUCUUAAUUCGAUCCAAUGAUAGUUGAAUCAUUUCACAAACUAAAUAACAUAGUGGCUGGAUCUCACGAAAAGGGAGUGAAGAAAGACAAAAAGAUACGUUACACAAAUGCGGGAGAAUUUUUCUUCCUCACGGCGGUUAGUAAUGAAAUCCUAAUGACAUUUUCGUGAGUCAAACGAGGCAAUCUCGGUGGCGAUGUAAUGACGACUAUCAUCUCCUUUUGAAUUAUGUAAUAGAAACAGACUACUACGAAAAGGGAGAGAUUGAAAGAUGUACACUUCCGUCGGAAAAUCACUGAUGGCUUUCAAAGAUGAUAACUACUUGGGAAAUGAAGCUAGACUUGUGAAAUUUGCAGGGAACUAUCUCCGGAAUCUCAUCCUUGAUUUAAGUCGAAAAGAUUUAAAAAAUAUUCAGGGGUUCUCAAGUUAUGACCAAAAGUGUCGAAGCGUGAUCGUCGACUGAAACUCGCCACAUAGACGCUCGCACAUUUUUAUCAAUAUCUCGAGAACCCGUGAAGACUUUUUAAGUUUUCUUGGCUAAAAUCAAAGGUAAGGUUUCGAAGCUUUAAUUCUCUAAAUUUUAAGACUCUUGCUUUAUUUUCGACCGCUUUAUGACCUUUCAAAGUCCGAAGGUUGUCUGAAGAUUAGAAAAAGAGAGAGAAAAGUGAAGAUAGAUGUUGAAAGCGGAAGUGCUGAAUGUCGUGCGCGUUCAUUAGGGUCACAAACAAGCAAUCUUUCUUGAGAAAAAAAAAA